AUGCCUCUCUCAGACCCAUCUUGGAUGCUGAUUACUUAUUGCACCAAAGCUAUCACUGGGUUUUGUAUUAAAUCAGUCAUUUCAUAUGCACUAUAUCAAGUACAAACAGGUAGUUUACCUGUUUAUAGUAGUGUACUAACAAAGUCUCCCUUGCAGCUUCAGACUGGUAUCUAUAGGCUUAUCGUUCAAAUACAGCACUUGAAUAUCCCAAGUAGUUCUUCUACGCAUAGCUCACCUUUCUAAACCCAGUUAAGCAUGGAAGAGAGGUAGUAGGUAGGUGCAGUGUGUGGAAGCUGCAGACAAGUAGGCCUUUUAUUCAUUGAUUUCUUUUCCCAAGUACUGGAUUUUAAAUCUAUAUGUAUCUAUUGGGUUUUUUUUUCUAAUAUUUCAAUUGAGCUGCUGUUUUCUUCCAUGCAAUAUUGUAUACUCAAUUGUGUAUAGAAGAAGCUGGUGAGAGUGCCCUCCUACAUAAAUAAGCAAUUGCAGUGUUUUGCAUGCAAAAUAUAAAAAAUUUAAAUUGUCCUGAUUCUAUUUUGUAAAUGGAGAAACAAUCAUAUCUUUCUAAGCAGUAAUGGAGGAAGACUAGUGCUUUGUGCAUUUUGAUAUAUUUGAGUUCAUUUUUUCCACAAUGUCAUACUUUUGACACAAUUGGGUUUCUCAUAAGUAUCCUGGUUCAUGUACAUCCGAAUGCUAAAUAAUACUGUGUUUAAGUUUUGUGUUGCAAGAACAAAUGGAAUAAACUUGAAUUGUGCUACA